AUGGAUAAAUCAGAUUACGUUGCAAAAGCCAAACAACUCCUGUCCGACACGACCACCUAUCGUCCCAUAGAUCAGGACCCUAGUACAAAACUGAGUACUCAAAUCAACACAGCAUUGAAGAAACUACAAGCAGCGAGUGAGAUUACAAAGCUGGAGCGAUGGAAGAUGAAAGCUGAGGACACAAACAUUGCAAGGUUCUAUGGACUGCCAAAGGUACACAAAGACGGAGUCCCAUUGCGUCCAAUCGUCUCGUUGCCAGGAACCCCAUCGUACAAAUUGGCAAAAUGCAUGUGGAAGAAAUUAAAACAUCUAAUUGCCGGCUCUGAACAAAGCAUCAUCAAUGUUGAACAAUUCAUCAACAAACUGAGGUGUGUUACAAUAGAGGAAGAUGAAAUCAUGCUGUCGUUUGAUGUCACCGCGCUCUUCACGUCGAUCAGUCACGAACUUGCAAAAGCAACCAUGAUGGAAUUGCUUCAAAAGCAAUCGAACACAACAGGCAACCUCAAAACGGAAAGCAUAUGGGAACUCUUGGAUCUCUGCAUGACUACUUAUUUUUACUUUGAUGGGCAAGUAAGCCAACAACUGAAAGGAACGCCCAUGGGAUCGCCCAUCUCAGGACUUAUUGCAGACGCUGUGAUGCAAAGACUGGAGAGCAUCACAAUACCGUUAAAUAAACCAAAAUCAUGGAUCCGGUACGUGGACGACACGUUUGUCGUCAUCAAACGAGAUUCCAUGCAGAAUACUAAUGAGUUAAUCAACAACACAUUCCAGGAUAUCAAGUUUACAAUUGAACUCGAAAAAGACAACCAGUUACCAUUCUUAGAUGUACUGGUCCAAAGAAACACUGACGGAACACUUCAGACAUGUGUAUAUCGAAAGAAGACUCACACCGACCAAAUAUUAAACUACCACAGCAACCAUCCCCUGAACCACAAGAAAAGCUGCAUUCAAAGCCUUUUCAAUAGGGCCGAAACACACUGCAGCACGACAGAAUUGAGGAAGAAGGAAGAGAACCACCUAUACCGGGUAUUGCAAAACAACGGGUAUCCAAGAAACUUCAUCAGAAGAAGCGCAAAGAAGAGGGUGCAGCAGCAACAGCAGGAAAACAUUGAUAAACGGGUAGCGCUUCCUUACAUCAAGAAUUAUCUGAACUAA